CCUGGCAUUUGCCCCUUGUGUGGGUGAAAGGGGGUGCCCUGGAUAGGUAACGGGUAACUAGGGGAGGAGAAGGGGGAUUCAGCAAUAGGGAGAGAAGGUACGCAUGGGUACACAGGGAAUUCUGGGAUAGGUGUGAGUGGGAUUUGGGAAUACGGAGUUAUAGGCUGAGCUCACAUACAGUUUAGUAACAGGGAAUGAGGUGCAACUGAACAGCGACAAAGAGGGGUGAUCUCCUGCAGCCCCCCCAAACCCCUGGGCAUCACGAAAAGAGGAACCCCGCUGUGCCAUCAUCCAAUGACCCCCACCCGCCCGCCUUCCUGAUCUGGACUACCUGCUUGGGACCCGGGAGGAUGAGAAAGCUCCGGAGACUGGUGCACAUGGUGCUGUUCUGCCCCAUUUCCAAAGGACUCCAGAGCCGCCUCCCGGGCAUCAAGGUGAAAUACCUGUUCCUGGCAUGGCUGAGCGUAUUCGUGGGCAGCUGGGUGGUGUAUAUGCAUUACUCCUCCUACUCCGAGCUGUGCCGGGGCCACGUGUGCCGUAUGAUCAUUUGUGACCAGUACAAGAAAGGGAUCAUCUCUGGCUCCGCCUGCAAGGACUUGUGUGAUGAGCGCACCUUGGUCUUCCAGCAAUGUCUCUCCUCAUCCCCCACCCAGCAGGUUUACAGCGGCAGAUGGCGGGACAGGGAAGUCAUUAUCAAAUGCGGCGUGGAGGAGACUCUGAAAGCGGACAGCAACCCGGACAGCCCCCCCCGCAGGGAACUGGUUCUGUUCGACAAGCCCACCCGCGGGACCUCCAUGGAUGAAUUCAAGGAGAUGCUGGGAAAUUUCCUAAAGGCCAACUUGGGGGAGCAGGUGUCCCUCACUGCCUUGGUGAGUCGGAUUCUGACCAUGGCCGACGUCAACAACGACGGGAAGGUGUCGCUGGCCGAAGCCAAGUCCAUUUGGGCUCUGCUCCACCUCAACGAGAUCCUGCUGAUGCUUUCCCUGCGGGAGAAGGAGCACACGUCUCAGCUUCUUGGCCACUGCGGGGACCUGUACGUGACGGAGAAGAUCCCCCACGAUUCCCUUUAUGGCUCUCAGAUCCCCGGGUUCCUCCAGACUCUGCUGCCGUCCCCCGUGCACCGACUCGUCCACCAGUGGUGCGCCCCCGCCUGGCCGCGGAGGGCCAAGAUCGCCAUCGGCCUGUUGGAGUUCGUGGAGGAGAUAUUCCACGGAACCUACGGCAGCUUCUUCAUCUGCGACUCCAGCUUCAAGAACAUCGGCUACAACGAGAAGUACGACUUCAAGGUGGUGGACCUGCGGAAGGUGGCCACCGAAAUGACCAUCCGUGGUUUCCUCAAGGGGCGCCACUGCGAGCAGAACUCCGACUGCACCUUCGGGAGCGACUGCACCGCGGCCUGCGACAAACUUAUGAAGCAGUGCCGGAACGACGUCAUCCAACCCAACCUGGCCAAGGCCUGCCAACUGCUCCAGGACUACCUGCUCUACGGCUCCCCCUCCGACCUAAGGGAGGAGCUACAGAAGCAGCUGCGGACUUGUAUGACCCUCAGCGGCUUGGCCAGCCAGAUGGAGGUCCACCAUUCCCUCAUCUUGAACAACCUCAAGACUUUGCUCUGGAAGAAGAUCUCCAACACCAAAUAUUCCUGACUGAUCAUUCCCCACCGAGGGCUACAAGGUCACAGGAACCCAACGAGACAAGAGAACAUCUUCAUUUUCUUUGAAGGACCUGCAGAGGUGGCUAUGGUUGGCCGGUUGAGGCUCUUGUUUGGGAUUGCAGGCUGAACCAUUGUUACGUCUGGAUUUGCAGGCUGAACCAUUGUUUUUGGUCUUAAUUGCAGGCGGAACCGUUGUGACAUUUGGUUUUGCAGGCUAAACCAUUGUGACAUUCUUGAUUUGUAGGCUGAACCAUUGUGACUUCUGGAUUUCUAGGCUGAACCAUUGUGACUUCUGGAUUUCUAGGCUGAACCAUUGUUUUUAGUCUGGAUUUCAGGCUGAACUGUUGUUGCAUUUGGAUUUGCAGGCUGAGCCAUUGUGACGUUCUUGAUUUGUAUGAUGAACGAUUGUGACAUCUGGAUUUGCAGGGUGAACCAUUGUUUUUGGUCUGGAUUUGUAGGCUGAACCGUUGUGACAUUUGGAUUUGCAGGCUGAACCAUUGUUUUCGGUCUGGAUUUCUAGGCUGAACCAUUGUUUUCGGUCUGGAUUUCUAGGCUGAACCAUUGUUUUCGGUCUGGUUAUGUAGGCUGAACUAUUGUGACGUCUGUAUUUGCAGGCUAAACCAUUGUGACGUCUGUAUUUGCAGACUGAACCAUUGUGACAUCUGGAUUUCUAGGCUGAAUCAUUGUUUUCAGUCUGUAUUUGCAGGCUGAACCAUUGUGACGUCUGUAUUUGCAGGCUGAACCAUUGUGACGUCUGGAUUUCUAGGCUGAACCAUUGUUUUCGGUCUGGUUAUGUAGGCUGAACUAUUGUGACGUCUGUAUUUGCAGGCUUAACCAUUGUGAUGUCUGGAUUUCUAGGCUGAACCAUUGUUUUCGGUCUGGUUUUGUAGGCUGAACUAUUGUGACGUCUGUAUUUGCAGGCUGAACCAUUGUGACGUCUGUAUUUCUAGGCUGAACCAUUCUUUUCGGUCUGGUUAUGUAGGCUGAACUAUUGUGAUGUCUGGAUUUGCAGGCUGAACCAUUGUGACGUCUGUAUUUCUAGGCUGAACCAUUCUUUUCGGUCUGGUUAUGUAGGCUGAACCAUUGUGACGUCUGUAUUUCUAGGCUGAACCAUUGUUUUCGGUCUGGUUAUGUAGGCUGAACUAUUGUGACGUCUGGAUUUGUAGGCUGAACCAUUGUGACGUCUGUAUUUCUAGGCUGAACCAUUCUUUUCGGUCUGGUUAUGUAGGCUGAACUAUUGUGACGUCUGGAUUUGCAGGCUGAACCAUUGUGACGUCUGUAUUUCUAGGCUGAACCAUUCUUUUCGGUCUGGUUAUGUAGGCUGAACUAUUGUGACGUCUGGAUUUGCAGGCUGAACCAUUGUGACGUCUGUAUUUCUAGGCUGAACCAUUCUUUUCGGUCUGGUUAUGUAGGCUGAACUAUUGUUACGUUUGAAUUUGCAGGCUGAACCAUUGCUACGUCCAUCAUCUAAAAUGCUGUAACUCUACAGACAAUUGUAAAUAAAUGGCUUUUAUGU